AUGCUGAACGACUUCUCCAACAACUCCAUGCAUUCGCAUACUUCUUCCCGCUCCACAGCACAAGCAACACUCGACGAGCACACGCAAGCAUACUUGCGACAAUGUUCAUGUACAACCACUCCUAUGGUACCACCCUCUCCUCGACACUGUAAGCAGUGGCCAUCGCUUAUCCCUCCUGAGCCGAGUCCGUUCACAUCACCCACAUCACCCUCUCCCUUCGAGCCAGAACGUCCCAGAGAUACACCUUUGCAAUCACACACAACGCCUAAGUUCUCUGCACCUCCAAUUGCGAGACGUAGUCAGAGCAUCUUGUUCAAUGCUCUGGAUCCCAACCUCAGUGCACCACUUACACUUGCUGCAUGCUGUCACGGUACAGCCUCAGCCUCCACAACCUGCUCGACCUCAAUUCACACACGCACGCAAUUCAACUUGCAGGGACCGAGCGACGACCAAAGCAUGGUGAUGAAGACUACAUCAAACGGCCCGAGAACACAUCCUUCCUCUUCCGUUGCGGAUGCUGUUGGGAAAAGAACGAGGCGAGAGGCAGCUCAUCAUACACUACAAGUACUCGAAUUCGACUCGCUCUCCGCCGAUAGUUCACUGUAUGGCUGCCCGUUCGGAUAUUCGCACACGACGUGCAGUAGCGACGGGUCAACCGCGGAUGCAGUCAUAACCGUUGAGCCUCUCAAUGCCCUCGCUUUCGGGUGGUCCGUCUGGAUCUGGUCAAGGGAUGGGCCUGGCAAUCGACACCCGUAA